AUCCCCAUAACUCACCUACAAAGCCUUAAAACUGACAUGUUUAAGAUGGAACACUGUGAACCAAUUCCUACGGCCACUGCUCCUCCUACUACAACGUCAUAUCCUAUAUCACCCUCUCCGAAUUCUUCGAUUUCACCGUCACCGUCUCCACCUUUUCUGCCGCCGGCGGUUGCCAUCAGCCCCUGCGCUGCCUGCAAGAUUUUGAGGAGAAGGUGUGCCGAUCAAUGUGUGUUGGCACCUUAUUUUCCUCCUACUCAACCGGCCAAAUUCACCAUUGCUCAUCGUGUUUUCGGUGCUAGCAACAUCAUCAAGUUCUUGCAGGAACUUCCCGAGUCUCAGAGGGCCGACGCGGUAAGCAGCAUGGUUUACGAGGCGAAUGCGAGGAUCCGAGACCCGGUUUACGGAUGCACCGGAGCGAUCUGCCAACUGCAGAAGCAAAUCAAUGAGCUCCAAGCACAACUAGCCAAAGCUCAAGCCGAAGUGACCAACAUGCAACUGCAACAAGCAAAUCUAGUGGAGAUGGCACAAUCGACGUCUCCUCAACCAAAUCCCCAGCAAUGGAUGGACAUUUCGAUAUCCAACAGCAACCCAAGCCUCAUGGAAGAUAACAACAACUUUGGGUCAUUAUGGGAACCACUUUGGGCAUGAUUUAAUGCUUAAAAUUACUAAGGUCCCAUGAAAACUCUCUCCCAAGGAGAAGUUGAAGGAUAGAUUAAUAAAGUUAGUAUUAGGGUUAAAAAAUAUAGAAAAUUAAGAUAAAAUGAUGGAGAGUUCAUGUCUGUUUAGGGAUCUAAUAUAUCUUUUAGAGCUAAAAACGAAUAUUUUACAUGUUUGAGAG